CCGAGGGCGCCUAUUCCGUUACCUAUCGUAACACUACUUUUGUUAUUAACCUAGAAGAAGCAUGGAAUUUAUCGGCCAUAGCCCUACAACAUGUUAUUUAACAUCAACACGACGAGAGCCGGUAGUUUCCAAACUCCCCUGUGCAACCACUCUGCCAAAACUGGCCAAAGAACCUUCGUUCACGUGCCCCUCACCAUAUCCGCACAAGCGUACGCUGACCACUGUGGGUUUCCGUCCGGCUACCUAUUAUUCCUCUGCGAAAGCCAAUCCUCGUUACCCACUGUCGCACUCACAAGUGGAUAGUUCCGCGCCGGAAACUCAGCUCAGUGAGUUAUGCGGGAUCCGUGUGCCGUCUGUUUAUUCGGCGGCCAGAAAUGCACUGUACACACGAUACACACCAAGAGACUGGUUUGCUAACUACCAACGCUUGCUGCAGUCCAAUGACCGGGGUCAGAAGGAUUCCGAAUGUCUUCGGUACGAUUCCGAACGCCUGAUGGAUGAGACAAACGAGCGUACAAAGCACAACCAGAACGAAUCGAGCCGGCAACUAGGUGACCGCCUAUCAGACAUCGCAUUUUGGCAGAACGAGCUCACCGAUGAAUUGGACAAGAUGGUGAAAGAAAUCACUGAUCUAAUUCGUGCCAAACGCGUGGCAGAAAAGCUGUUAGCUGAAGUGGAGAAUCAGCUACACAUUGCCCAAGAAUGCCUCUAUCAGAGAGAAAAGCGACAAUGUGUGGACUUAGUGCACGACGAUGUGGAAAAGGCGUUGCUGGCCGAGGUCGAGGCGGUCUUACGUGCCCAAGAAAUGCUACGAAAUUUGAUCGAUCGUGCCAAUACGCAGCUGGAACUCAAUCGUGCAGCUCAACACGAGAUGGAGGUAGAUCUGAAAAACAAAUUCACCGCGCAACAACUAGAUGAAACCGCGGUUGGAAUGAAAAACAGCUCAGCUGGGGUGCACUACUACGAAGGAGUGGAAAAUAUUGAGCAAUGUCAAUCAGUUCCGGAAACCUGGAAUCAACACGUACACAACAUCGUUAGUCGCAGUCGGGCUGAGCGAGCGGCCAGUAGAAAAUUGCGAGAGGACAUUGGAAACAAUCUGGCACAAAUCGGCCAGUUCUUGGCCGAACGCUGGGCCGACGUGAAUGCCGCGUUAGCACAACGAAUUCGGGAGGUGACUGAUGCUCGUAACCAAAUCCAAGCCAGCCUGGGACAUACGUUGCAAGAGAUCUUCGACACGGAACGCGAAAUCGAAGCUCUGAAAGAUGCUAUUCGAGCCAAAGAAGCCUACUUGAAAACGGCUACAAGUCGACUCAACAUUCGUCUCCGACGUCCAGGCAUGGAACACGUAUGUGAUGCAGCCCAAAUGCAACUCAAAUGUGAGGUGGCUCAGCUCAAAGAUACGAUUCGACAACUGAACGAACAACUGUGCCGCGCACAAGAUGUGCUGCAAGAACUGCUUCGACUCCGCAGUGCCAAAGAAGCCGAACUGGCCGUGAAGAACAACAGCAUUUUCAUUGAUCGCGAAAAACUCAAAUGUGAGGUGGCUCAGCUCAAAGAUACGAUUCGACAACUGAACGAACAACUGUGCCGCGCACAAGAUGUGCUGCAAGAACUGCUUCGACUCCGCAGUGCCAAAGAAGCCGAACUGGCCGUGAAGAACAACAGCAUUUUCAUUGAUCGCGAAAAGUGUCUGGCCCUGCGAAGUAACUGGCCUGGUGGACCGACAGCAAAGGCCUCCCACGGAGCACCAUGCCCCUGCAUCUCAUCCGACAUUUCGUCUGCUGCCACCAAGAUUUGCGCCUGCUAAUACUUUCGAAUGCCCCCAGCUUCAGUCAAAAGCGAUUCGAGUAUCUUGUCUACUUGGAACACCCGCAUAGACCACCUGUCGUCGCUGUGUAUGCUUGUCGUACAUCCAUCGCGACGUAUGUUUUGUUUUCAAAUACCUCACCUACUGCUCUAUUAAUCACGCAUAUGACCGUAUGGUGAAGUCGUGAACGAUAAACCUAUUGUACGAGUGUCAUGCGUUUUGUACCAACCAGCAAAUGAGCAAUGUGGUAUAGGGGUUGUUAGGAAUUUUCUGCAAACAUCACCAAAUGAUCAGCUUGUUCACACUAG